AGAGGGUGGGAGAAAGGAGCGGCGACAGCAGCGGCGGAGCUGUGAAGGGGGUAGAGGACACACGACUUGAGUGGAACAUGGCAGCAACGACAGAGGCAGGAGCAGUUGGCGAGGAGCAGGUUGUGCUCAAGGCGCGUCGGCUGGGGCGGAGCGGGCUGAAGGUGUCGGAGCUGGUGCUGGGGACGAUGACCUUUGACGAGAGCGAGACCAACUCGUGGGGCAUGCCUGCGGCGGCUCAAGAUGAUGCGUUUGCGAUGAUGACGGCGUACGCAGAGGCUGGCGGCUUUACGCUCGAUACGGCGGACAUCUACGGUGCCGGGGCGAGCGAGCGGGUUGUCGGGCGGUGGCUGGCGGCACAGGAAGAGCCAGACAAGUUUGUUGUGGCGACCAAGGUGUGGGGUGAGAUGGGCAAGGGACCGAAUGACAAGGGCCUCGGCGGACGGCACAUUGCGGCUGGAGUGCGCGAGUCGCUCAAGCGGCUGCAGCUGGAGAAGAUCGAUCUGUACCAGGCGCACAACGUCGAUCCCGAGACGCCACUGGAGGAGACGCUGGUGGCGUUCGACGACCUUGUCAGGCAAGGCCUGGUGGGCUACGUGGGCGUCUCCAACUUUCCGGCGUACAAGAUGGCGCAGGCAGCGGCGAUUGCUGAGCGGCUCGGUCUCAGCUCGCGGCUUGUCUCGCUGCAGCCCAAGUACAAUCUGCUCGCGCGGACGAUCGAGUGGGACUGCGUCCCGUAUUGCGUGGAGACCGGAAUGGGCAUCCUUCCGUGGUCGCCGCUCCUUGGCGGGUGGCUGGCCGGGAAGUACUCGCGCGACGCGCCGCCGGCCGACGGCUCGCGGGUGGCAUGGGCCGAGAAGGUCGGUUGGGACGUGAUGGACUACUCGACGGUCGGCACGGCGCACACGUUUGACGUCGUCGACAAGGUCAAGAGCGUGGCGGCGGAGCUGGGGCGGUCGCCGUCACAGGUCUCGCUCCGAUGGCUAAUGCAGAAGCCGGGAGUCACUGCGCCGAUCAUCGGGGCGUCCAAGAUGGCGCACCUGCUCGACAACCUCCAGGCGGCCAGCUUUGAGCUCUCGGGCGAGCACAUGGCAGCGCUCGAUGAGGUUUCGGCGGUGCCCAAACCGUAUCCAUGGAAUGCAUAUUGAACGAUGGGCUUCAGCG